ACUCUUGACUUCCGCUUUAAAUAAGGAGUCAGGGCCUUCCCCGUUUUUCUCCCAGGCGGCGGUGGCGGCUGGCGAUGUUUGGCCUCAAAAGAAACGCGGUAAUCGGACUCAACCUCUACUGUGGGGGGGCGGGAUUGGGUGCCGCCGCCGGCGGUGCCACCCCUCCGGGAGGGCGGCUUUUGACUGCGGAGAAGGAGACCACGGCCCGGCAAGAGGGAGGGGGAGGGGAAGCCAGCGCGGAGGUUGGCGGAAGCGUCGGCGCGAGCCCCCCGGCUGCCCUCACGCCCGACGCCCGGAGGGUCGCGCGGCCGGCGCCCAUUGGCGCCGAGGUCCCCGACGUCACCGCGACCCCCACGAGGUUGCUGUUCUUCGCGCCCACCAGCCGCGCAUUGCCGCCUGAGGAGAUGGAAGCCGCCGACGCCAUCAUGUCUCCCGAGGAGGAGCUGGAUGGGUACGAGCCGGAGCCUCUCGGGAAGCGGCCGGCUGUCCUGCCUCUGUUGGAGUUGGUCGGGGAGGCCAAUAAUGGCCCCAGCACGGACGGGUCACUCCCCUCGACGCCGCCCCCAGCAGAGGAGGAGGAGGACGAGUUGUACCGGCAGUCGCUGGAGAUUAUCUCUCGCUACCUUCGAGAGCAGGCAACCGGCUCCAAGGACGCGAAGCCGAUGGGCGGGUCUGGGGCCGCCAGCAGGAAGGCGCUGGAGACCCUACGACGGGUCGGGGACGGCGUGCAGCGCAACCACGAGACGGCCUUCCAAGGCAUGCUUCGGAAAUUGGACAUCAAAAACGAAGACGAUGUCAAAUCUUUGUCUCGAGUGAUGGUCCAUGUUUUCAGUGACGGCGUAACAAACUGGGGCAGGAUUGUGACUCUAAUUUCUUUUGGUGCCUUUGUGGCCAAACACUUGAAGAGCAUAAACCAAGAAAGCUGCAUCGAACCAUUAGCAGAAAGUAUCACAGACGUUCUCGUAAGGACAAAACGGGACUGGCUAGUCAAACAAAGAGGCUGGGAUGGGUUUGUGGAGUUCUUCCACGUAGAGGACCUAGAAGGCGGCAUCAGAAAUGUGCUGCUGGCUUUUGCAGGUGUUGCUGGAGUAGGAGCUGGUUUGGCAUAUCUAAUAAGAUAGCCUUGUAAGUGCAAUAAUUGACUCUUAACCAACUCCAGCCACCAAAACCACAUACUUCUGUGAAAUCAAAUGUAUUUAUGAAGUUGGACUUCAAACUGCCCAGGCUGUAAUCUCCAAGAGUUCUAUUCUAGCAGCCUAGCCAGAAAAACAAGUGGCAAGAGGAUUAUGGCUAACAAGAAUAAAUACAUGGGAAAAAGUAUUCCCCCUGGAAGAGUCACAGUCUGAAAGAAGCAAAUUUCAGUUCAGCAGCAAGCAAACUUGUUUGAGAGGCCAUGGAGAAGGACUUUUUAGAUUUAGUGAAGUUGAUAGGGUGGAAAGACUUAAUUUCCUUGUCUAGAACAGGAGGGUGGCCAGUAGCUAGGCUAGUCAUAGAAUUCAUUAAAUAUUCCCACCAAAUUCAUUAAUUUUCUAUAGUGUUAGAAGCACUAACAAUACCAGUGACCUGUGUAAAAUGGAUCUAAAAGUCCAACUGUUCAGGACUUUUAUACCUGUUCUACUUUGGCUUGGUUUGAAUGAUUCUUAGUUUAUUAUCCUAGUAAUGGCCAAGAAUACUUGACUUAAGGCUCAGUAAUUAGUUACCAAUACGUAAUAUCCUCAAUUUUUAAGACAAGAAAACUUGUAAAUGUAUUUGUCUGUAAAAAUUGUAUAUAUUUUUACAGAAAGUUUAUUUCUUUGAAACAAAGGAAGGAGAGUUUUGAAUUUACAUAGUUUUUUUCAUACCUUUUGAAAUUUGCAACUUCUGUAGUUAGAAACCUAUUUCUUACAGCUUUUGUACUUUGUCUUGCUCAGUUUCUAGAUUGUGUAAAGAACCAAUUGGUGUAAUUGUAUGCAACCAGGUUGUAGUAGAACAAAUCUGAUUCAUCACUAUGCAGGCUUUAAUUUUCCUAUCUGGUUUUGGUAAGUAUUUCUUAGGUUUUUUUCGAAAACCUGGGAUUGAGAGGUUAAGGAAUGGAAAUUAACUUCGUUAUGCAGGUUUUCAAUAAUUAAGUCAAAGUGGAGUUUUAAGGUUGUGGGGGAGACACAUGAUUUACAAAUAAUAGGCUCUGAUUGGGUAGCUACUCAUUGAGUUCCUUCUUCCAUUUGACUUAAUUUAACUGGUGAAAUUUAAACUGAGUUCAUGAGCUCAUCUUUAAAGCUUUUACUAAAAGAUUUUCAGCUGUUCAAAAUGGGGGACUUAUUACCAAUGUGUGUAUAAAAAGAUCACAUCGGGUGGAUGCGAGACAUUUGAUCCCUUGUUUGCUUAAUAAAUUGUAAAAUGAUGGCUUGGAAAAGCAGGCUAGAGUCUGACCAUGGUGCUAUUAUUAGGCUUGCUUGUUAAACACAGGUCUAAGCCUAGUGUAUCAAUAAAACAAAUACUUACUGUUUCAUUUGUAUCAGUGAUUCCCAAACUUUGUUUCAAGUUUUUGCAUUGACAUCUGUUUGGAUUUGAGACUUGAUGUUCUAUUGAAUUUAUCUUUUAUUUCCUGUCCUUCCUUUGGAAUAUUUGCUGCUUGUUCUGUUCCUUCUACAGAUACUUAUAUCAAUUCCUGCGUCUUUGCCCUGCCAUCCCUGUACUAACCCUUUUAAUUUUUGGAACUAGGAACCCCUACUGGGAACCUAAGUGGAACCCCCCCCCCCCAAUCAACAGACCUUCAUUUUUACGAAUCUUAUCCUGUUGGGAGGCGGUAAUGCCUUGGUUGCUGUGAUGUAACAGUCAUGGGGGUGGGAGUUCCUUUUAUUUAGACUGGUAUCUUUUCAAUUGUUUCUUUGGGGGAAAAGAUUCAAGAGUCCUCUUAGGAAUUUUCAGAGGAGAGAACAUCUUAUGUGGCUUUCUUUAAAGUUUCCUUUGCAUUUGAGUAUGCUCAGUUCAAUUUAUAGAAAGAGAUGAGCUCUGUUAAACUUCAAAAAGUUAUAUGAAAACUACUGGUAAACUGAAGAAAGCUAUGUUGAAUAUUGGAACUAGGGUCAUUUUUCUGAAAGCAUAUGCCUCAAAACAUGACCUUCAAUCUGGGGACUUCAGAUAAAAAUAAGCAUGAAUAAAAUGACUAAGAAUGUAACGGGGAAUAAUUGCCCUGCCUGCCCAUCUUGGAGCCAUAGGGUCAUCUUGUUAGAGCUAUUUUUUCCUGUGUAUUUAUCAUUCUUGAUCAGAAGCCACUUAUUUAUAUCAUGUCUGUCUCUAAGGACCUAAAGCACUUUAUGUAGUUUUUAAUUAAUCUCAAGAUCUAGUUAAAGUGUCUCAAAGGCCUGUCUCCCCAUAUCCAGUUCUGGAAAUAAGUGUAUAGAUGUAAAUUGGUGUUUAGGGGCCCCACUUCCCAAUUCAGUAGAUGUAACUGCUGAAAUACAGGAUUCUUAGUAUUUCAGGUCCCGGGCAGUGAGGGAUUUUAGGGGCCCCAUGUAGUCUGGAAAAGGAGAGGGGCAGUUGGUUUAUAGGGAGAGGAGUUAUGUCUAAGUGCUGACUAGCUGGCCAAUCCUCCAGAAUGGAAAGGGAGGGGCUCUUGGAAAGAUGGCUCUCUCAGCGACUUGUGUUUGUUCUGUGCUUCUCUCAGGGAAAAACAUGCAGUUCUAUAGUGUUGUCCAUGUACAUUCUAUUAGGGGUGAACACUUUGGUUCUGGUUAAACAGCUAGUACUUUUUACAGCUGUGCCAGGAAGGGUUAGGACCAACUAUGAAUUAAUGUGGGUUGUAAAAUGUAGUGUGUUUCCCUAACUUCCUGUUUUUCCUGAGAAGAAAAUAAAUCUUUUAUUCAAAUACAA